AGAUGGUCACGUAACUUCCGCUUGUCGUCAUCACCGUGCGACGUUUUCUCAGGCCGCAAGUGGUCGAACUGCGCCUAGCUCCUUUGAAAAACAUGGCACCCUCACCUACAAAGCGGAAGGAGGACGAAAAAACAAAAGACAGAGGCAAAGAAAAGCCUGGAACAAAGGAAGGAGAUAAGGAUAGAGGACGAGAGAAAGCAAGGAAACGCCGCAGUGCAUCCACUGGCAGCAGCAGCAGCAGCAGAUCUAGCUCUUCUUCGAGCAGCAGUUCUGGUUCCAGCUCAGGUUCUUCAAGCGGAUCCAGCUCGUCUGGUUCCAGCCGCUCCGGCUCUUCUAGCUCCCGAUCCUCUUCGUCUUCCAGCUCCUCGGGUUCUCCGAGCCCCAGCCGCAGACGCCACGAUAACCGUCGCCGCUCCCGCUCUGUCUCUAAAACACAAAAGACCAGAGAUGACAAGGAACGCCGGAAAAGAAGCCCAACACCCAAACCAACUAAAGUUUACUUAGGGCGACUCACCAGGAAUGUCACCAAGGAACAUGUCCAGGAAAUCUUUUCUACUUAUGGGACAAUCAAAGGAGUCGACAUGCCAAUGGACAGACUCCACCCGCACCUGCACAGGGGCUGUGCUUAUGUGGAGUUUGAGACCCCCGAGGAGGCCCAGAAGGCACUCAAACACAUGGAUGGAGGUCAGAUUGAUGGACAGGAAAUCACCGCUUGUGCUGUGCUGCCUCAGCGAGUCCGCCCUCCACCCCGUAGACCAUCUCCACCCCGCAGAAUGCCCCCGCCGCCACCUAUGUGGCGUCGCAGCCCACCGCGCAUGAGGAGAAGGUCCCGCUCCCCAAGAAGGCGAUCGCCAGCACGCCGCCGCUCUCGCUCCAGAUCUCCCGGUCGCAGGCGUCACCGCUCUCGUUCCAGCUCCAACUCCUCUCGAUAGACGGGUUUUCGUACUGUACGCGAUCUCUCAUGGUGCCAGAGAUCAAAUCGGCUUCGUUUCUUGAUUCCUCAGUAUUCAUGUGGGCUCAACAGAAUUCACUCAUCUGCAUUGUAGCCAACAUGGACAUCUCUUUAAUAGUGCUCUUUGUGCAACAUUUUUUUUCCAUGUUUUGUAUAAGUUUAUUUCGGAAAGCUAGACCAGUAUGUGUCUUUUUAGGUUGAGCUUGCUCUGCAUACAGAUCUACCAGUCUUUCGAGUGUGUCUUCUUUUUACCUUGUCUUCAAUUUUUAGACAUUUUGAAAAAUAAAACUUUAACAAUGUGAAA